UUGCGUUGCGUGCGGUCAGAGGCUCCGCCGACAGUUGGGAACCCGGUCUGGAGUCAAGAGCCCAGUGUUUUGAUCUGAGCAGUGCGAAUUCGUUGCCAAAUUGAUGCCCAUCGACAUGGAUAUGCCAAAGGAAGCGGAGUCGAACGACAAGUUCAUAGUGAAGUAUCGCCAGCAGUAUUACGAUUUGUCCAGGUUUAUGCACAAGCAUCCGGGAGGCAUUAACACACUCAAAGGCCUCAACAGCGGGGACAUGACAGCUCGCUUCCUGAAGGCGCCGCCGCAUUCGGAUGCGGCCAUGUACUUGAUGAGGGAGUACAAAAUCGAUCCAGAGGACUCUCGGAAAACAAAGUCGAGCCAAAGGGAAACGUUGCAUCACGAUAAAGAUGAGACCUUGCGACAACGGCCCAGGGAAACGGAGGACAAGAACAAUAACCAGGUGGACGAGAGUAUGGAGCACCUGGUGGACUGGUCCAAGGCAAUGCUUCCGCAGAUAGCUAACAUAACGGAUUGCUACGAUGAGUGGGUGCACAAGCCGGUGGACAGGCCACUGCGUCUCUUCGAGCCUUGGUACUUGGAGAUGUGCACCAAGACGCCCUGGUGGCUGGUGCCCCUGUUCUGGAUACCGGUGAUCGUUAAAUGCGCUUUGGAGGAGUUCACCAGCGCCUGGCAGGAUAGCAAUCAGCUGGCUGUGUUCACCGGAUACUUUUUGUUUGGCGUGCUCCUGUGGUCUUUCCUGGAGUACACACUGCACCGCUGGGUGUUCCACGUGAAGCUGAGCAGCAAGAGCGGAAGCUGGCUAUGCACCUUCCACUUCAUGAUCCAUGGCCUGCACCACAAGGUGCCCUUUGAUCCGAUGCGACUGGUGUUUCCGCCCCUUCCCGGCGCAGUGCUCGCCGCAAUCAUCUACACCCCGCUCAGCUUCGUCCUGUCCCAUCCUCGAGUGGUCCUGUCCGGAGCUCUGGCCGGCUAUCUGUGCUACGACAUGAUGCACUACUACCUGCACUAUGGGAACCCUUCGCUGGGGGCCUUUGUGCACAUGAAGCGCUAUCACCACCACCACCACUUCUCGCACCAAACCCUCGGCUACGGCAUCAGCAGUCCCUUGUGGGAUGUCGUCUUCAAAACGAGAAUCCAUCUCCGCAAGCUGAGAUACCAACUGCGCUGGUCCUAGCUGCAAUAAAUGGCUAAUACAGUGCUACUAUAGAACAAAUUACAUUCAGUUUUCAAAGCAAAAGAGUUGCUGCCGCAGCAAAUAGUUCAAUCAAAUCGAAAGUUUGGUUUUUAGCAUAUUUGUGUAGGCUGAAUACUGAGCAUUAAGCUUAAGAAUUAUUUGUAAGACUUUUACCAAUUUCUAUUAAACAGGAAUACACUUCC